UUCAAGCCUUCUUUGAUUAUUUUCUCUCUUUUAUCUUUCUUUUCAGAUUCCUUCGGUCUGUUUUUGCUUAGCAAUUCUUUAUUGAAUUAAAUUAGUGAUUUAAGCGCGAUUUUGAUUAAUCCUCCUUGUGUUUACAAAUUUAUUGGUUCAUUAAUUCAAAUAUAAAUCAGGCAACACUACGUGUUCUAUAGGUGUCAUGGCAGAAACGGCGAAGGACAGGAUGGAUGGCGAAAUUGGUUGUGGUUUUAUGGGAGGAAUCUUCCAACGCCGGAGCUACUGGCCGAGAAAAACCUCCGUGCAUUCACUACCGGCAGACAGUAGCAAUGAUAUUUCUAAGAGGGAAAGAAGCAGCUCUGGAGAGUCUCUCUCCAAUUUAAGCAAUCCUCCACCAAAACUCCGUCAACAGCCGGCAAGGAACUCUACCUCUGUUCAUCCCAGGCCUUCAAAUUCUCAAAGACGAGUUAAAGGUCAAAGACCUUCAGAUGCUGCAAGAAGCUCAACGUCGUCCUCCACCACCACCAGUUCAGGCCAAAUAAAGGAGCCAGAGUCCUUGGAGUCCGGCGAUGAAAGAAAGCCAAACAGAGAGCCCGCCAGAAAAUCCAGAGAGCUUUCUAGGAUGCCAAUUGAUUCCCAGCAAUUCAGUGAAAGCAAAGUCCUCGUUCGAGCAACUUCAAGCAAUGUGAUGCUGUUAGGCCACCUGGGUAACUUGAGGCAGACAGGGAAAAGCUCUAUGCCUAACCCCAGAAAUGGCUUUGGGAAAAUUAGUGGCAACGCUAAUAUGGGCAACAUUGUCAGGAAGAACAGUGACAAAUUCAGACAGUUUCAAGGCGUGGGGAAUAAAUUAGAUAAUCCCGAGGCGUUUAAGUGUAUGGGAAAUGAGGCAUUUAAGCAGGGUAGAUAUGAUGAGGCCUUAGCUCUUUACGAUCGAGCAAUAGCUCUCGACUCAAACAAGUCCAGCUAUCAUAGCAAUAAGAGUGCCGCUUUGAUAGGUCUAGGCCGGCUUGUGGAGGCCAUCAUUGAAUGCAGAGAAGCUAUUCGGAUCGAGCCUUCAUAUCAUAGAGCUCAUCAUCGUCUUGCUAAACUGUAUCUCAGAGUGGGAGAAGCAGAGCAGGCAAUAUAUCACUACAAACACUCGGGCGCUUAUGCAGACUCAGAAGACAUAGCCCAAGCUCAGGCUCUUCAGAAACACCUCAGCGGCUGCAACGAGGCUCGUAAGCUAAAAGAGUGGUACACUUUGCUAAAGAACACCCAGGGUGCAAUAUCCUACUGUGCUGACUCAGCACCACAGGUCUACGCUCUACAAGCCGAGGCGUUGCUGAACCUUCAUAGACAUGAAGAUGCCUAUGCCACCUACCAGAAGGGACCAAACUUCAGCAAUGAUUUUUGUGCCAAGUUAUUUGGCCGUCCUGGUAGUGCUUACAUAAUGAUGAUUAAGGCACGGGUUUUCUUGGCAGCUGGCAGGUUUGAGGAUGCUGUGGAGGCAUCCCAACACGCAGCUCGACUCGAUCCGAGCAACGAGGAGGUGAACGUCGUGGUGAGGAAAAGCAGAGCAGUGACAUCAGCUAGAUUGAGUGGUAACCUGCUCUUCAAGGCAUCGAAAUUCUCAGAAGCGUGUGUGAUAUACAGCGAAGGACUAGAAGAUGAUCCCUACAACUCGGUUUUGUUGUGCAACCGGGCGGCCUGCCGGUCCAAGCUCGGUCAGUUUGAGAAAGCUGUUGAGGAUUGCACCGCAGCUCUUAAUGUCCGGCCUUCUUACGCCAAGGCCAGGUUACGACGGGCAGACUGCAAUUCCAAGUUGGGAAGGUGGGAAGCUUCAGUUCGAGACUACGAGAUGCUGAUAAGAGAGAGUCCUGGUGAUGAGGAGGUGGGCCGGGCAUUGUUUGAGGCCCAGGUCCAGCUUAAGAAGCAACGCGGUGAAGACACUGAUCAAGACCUAAAAUUUGGGUCAAAUUUGAUCUUCAUCACCAGUAAUGAACGUUUCAGACACUUUGUAACCUCACCCGGGAUGGCCGUAGUGCUCUUUUGUAAGAAAACGAACCACAAGCAUGAGUUGCAAGCCCUAGAGCAAGUUUGCAAGAGAUUCCCAUCUAUUAACUUCCUCAAGGUUGAGAUCGAAGACCACCCCUACUUGGCGAAAUCAGAGCGUCUGAGCUCCACUCCGGCCUUCAAGAUAUACAAGAAUGGAGCACCGGUGAAGGAAAUUCCAGGCAACAACCGUGAACUGUUAGAAAGUUCAGUCAAACUGUACAGCAGCUGAGGGUAUAUACAAUUGUACAAAGAGCAGAAACACAUAUAGUUUGUGCAUAGGCAUGGGAUGACAGGGAGCAUCGAUUCACGUUGAUCAAAUAUGCUCUGUUAAUUUGCCGGCAUUGCACAGAGAGUAGAAAAGGUUGAGACUUGAGAAGGAAGGAAGAUCAGCUUGGUGAUAAAUUAGAAUGUGAAGAGAGAUUUUAGAGUGUUUUUUUUUUUUUUUUUUUGUAUGGCUUAAUGAUUUUACUAUUUUGCUUUUCAAUGUGUUUGCAGCCCUUUGUUCUCGUACGACACUUGUUUCACACCUUAGCAAAUGAGUUUAUUUUGCUAAUUUAAAUUCAAUUUGUGUGUUGAAAGAAAUAUUGCUGGCAGUUGAGUU